UAAAUAAAAAUUAGUAGAAGUAGCACACAUGUCUCUCUCUCUCUCUCUCUCUCUCUCUCUCUCCAUUUAUGUUGUUUUCUUCUCUCUCAUCAACCACUGACCUCUCUGCACAGACCAAAUGGAUUCAUGGGUUUGAAUCCAGAAUCAAAUCAGAGCUUUUAGGGUUCUAUCCACUCUUCUCAACCCCACAAAAGUAAACUCGGGGAUUGAGACAUUGAUUAGUUCCCUGAGUAAGUUGAGAAUAAUGCCAACGAAAUCCAAAGAUGAAGAUCGGAAGCAAGAGAAUGGAGCACAUAUAAUAUCAGCGUCAACAGCCUACUCCCAGCCUUGGUGGCGUGGCAAUGGAAACCAUGUCAUGCCUUCUUCAAUGGAACACAUUACUGGUGCUUCCACGAUGGGAGUUAUCCCCUCCCAAGCUAACGGUGAUGGUGGCAAUAAAGAAUCACAUGCUGCUGCUGCCCAGCAAUCUGGCUGGAAUGGUCAUAGUGUGCGAGAACAGCAGCACCUCAAGCAUGUUCCUUCUAUGACACCACCAGCUAUGGGGGAGCAUCUUGAACCAAACUCCCAAAUGGAACUUGUUGGUCACUCGAUUGUGUUGACCUCAUAUCCAUAUUCCGAGCCACAUUAUGGGGGUUUAAUGGCAUACGGGGCACAGGUUCAUCCUCAUUUACUUGGUCUCCAGCAGACUAGAAUGCCUCUUCCCCUUGAAAUGGAAGAGGAGCCUGUUUACGUGAAUGCAAAGCAAUAUCAUGGAAUUUUGCGGCGAAGGCAAACACGAGCUAAGCUGGAGCUGGAAAAGAAAGUAAUAAAAGAUAGAAAGCCGUAUCUUCAUGAAUCUCGACACCAACAUGCUAUGAGAAGGGCAAGGGGUUGUGGAGGACGUUUUCUUAACACGAAGAAGCAAGAUGAUAACGGCACCAAUUCUUCAUCAGAAAAGGAGCCUAAGUCUGGCGGAACCAUUUCGACACAAUCUGCCAACUCAUCGGGCUCCGACCGCCGGCCCUUGAACUCUAGUGGAAAUUCAAAGGGGCACACGUUUCAAGACAUGCACAACGGACAUGCUUCCUCAAAUGGCAGUAUGAACGGUAAUGGCUUCCGCCAUCCUUAAUACGGGGGAGCUCUCUCCUCAGGCAAAUCAUUCUUGGCUUUGGUUACUUUGUGUUUUGGAAAGGGGUGAAUCGAGGGAAGAGAUAGUAUCGUAUGCGUUCUCUUUUCCAAAGCUCACCCCGUUUGUAAAUGAAGCUGUGUAACAAUAGUAGUUUGAAUUUGAAAUCUUUCAACAAUCAAACAAUCUGAGUGUGUUUGAAAUGUGUGGAGACCCUUUUUGUUUGAUGCAAGAAUUGACUGUACGUCCCACUAUAAUCUUCCGUGUUUAGUGUUUACGAAGCUUUGCUCCGGCUUUAAUUGGGCUCCA